AUGGACGUCAGCGAGCGGCUGGUCGCGCGACGGACGCACCUGGCGCUAUUGUGUCACGUGGACCCCGUGAAGCAGCAAUUGCGACUACAGAGCUACUACCAGAUGGCAAGGCAGCUCUACCGUCAGUCUGAGACGUACUUUGCAGAGGGCGCUUGGGAUAACGCAUACGUGUUUCUCGCCAAGUUUAUCAAACUCUGUUCCAAGGUGAUCACUGCACACCAUGACUACAAGCUGCCGCGAUAUAGCAAGGAGAGCAAGUGGGUGCGAAAGCAAGCUGUGGCUGGAUUUAAGCUUUUUGACGCAAUUUUAGACGGCAUGGAAGCGGAAGAGCUUGAGUAUCUGGAGUAUGAACGCUCACUGACAACCGAAAAAGUAGAGGAAAAGGACGUUCCACUUGCAACGGAGAAAGCAGCGAUGACUGCGCUGAAAGGUCACCUGCAAGCAAUGCGUCUGGAGAAGAAGAGUCCAUAUCAACUAAAAGUGCAGGCGGCGGGAGCAGCAGAGAAGGAAGAAGUAACGUCCGCUUCGCUCACGUCUCGACUGGAUUCCUUGCUUGGGCCAAGUCGAAAGGAACGAAGCACUACUGUGCUGUACCCUACCGUUGGAAAAGCAUCGUGGAUGACGGCUGAUGCUGUUCAGCAUCCGAGCUGCCUUGCACCGCCGCUAAGCCGUCAACGGUCGCAAGAAGCAAUUGCAAACUUGACCAGUGGAAAGAUCCGCACGCUGGAGAUUCCAGCAGGAGUCAUUUCUCAGUUCAUAUCGAUAGCUGCGCCAAAUACGAACAAGCCACCCUGCGGGAUCGAGACAUGUGGUAUCUUGGCUGGAAUAUUGCGUGAUCAGAGACUGGUUAUUACUACACUGAUCAUCCCGAAACAAGAAGGAUCGUCGGACAUGUGCACGAUGACGAACGAAGAGGAUCUAUACGAUUUUUGCUUCAGUAACGAGCUGCUAACGCUCGGCUGGAUCCACACGCAUCCGAAGCAGAACUGCUUUUUGUCGUCGGUUGAUGUUCACACUCAGUGUGGCUUCCAAUCGAUUUUGCCUGAGGCCAUCGCUAUUGUUGUUGCACCGAGCGAUCCGCACAAGAAUGUUGGAGUGUUUCGGCUGACAGAGCCAAAUGGGUUGCAGCUGAUUCAAAACUGCAGCCUGACAGGGUUUCACACGCAUCCAAGCCGGAUCGAGAUUUACUCGGACGCAUUCGAGUGCCAGUGGAUGAAGCAGAUGACAGCGCAACUGGUUGACAUGCGGUAG